CGGUCAGUCCGUCGGGUGAUUCGGCUGGGCUCAGAUCAGGCGGAGGCCUCGUUGCCAGUUUAACUGCAGUCGCGACGGCUGCGAAGGAGGCGCUGAGCGCUCCCGCCCUCUCCUCCUCCUCCUCCUCCUCCUGCUGCUGCCUGCAACUCCCCCUCAACUGCUGCCCUGCGAGUUAACUCGGCGCCGUGCGCACAGGGCCUGAGUCCGGGCCCGUUCCGCUCAUUCUUCCACCUCACGCCGCCGCCAUGGACAUGAAGAAGCGGAUCCACUUGGAGCUGCGGAACCGGACCCCGCCAGAUGUCCAAGAGCUUGUUCUUGACAACUGCAGAUCAAAUGAAGGCAAAAUUGAGGGGCUGUCAGGAGAGUUUGUCAACUUGGAGUUUCUCAGCUUAAUAAAUGUUGGACUGACCUCUGUCCUCAAUCUCCCUAAACUCCCCAAAUUGAAAAAGCUUGAACUCAGUGACAACAGAAUUUCUGGAGGUCUUGAUGUAUUAGCAGAAAAACUUCCUAACCUCACACAUCUAAACCUCAGUGGAAACAAGCUGAAGGAUAUUGGUACCUUGGAGCCAUUGAAAAAAUUGGACUCUCUGAAGAGCCUUGAUCUGUUCAACUGUGAGGUAACAAACCUAAAUGACUACCGAGAGAGCGUCUUUAAACUUCUCCCCCAGCUCACCUACCUGGAUGGAUAUGAUCAGGAAGAUAAAGAAGCUUCUGACUCAGAUGCUGAAGUAGAUGGUGUUGAUGAGGAAGACGAGGAAGAAGGUGAGGAAGAAGAUGAAGAUGAAGAGGAAGAUGGUGAGGAGGAAGAGUUUGAUGAGGAGGAUGAGGAUGAAGGGGAAGAAGAAGGGGAAGAUGAGGAAGAUGAAAUAAGCGGAGAGGAGGAAGAGUUUGGACGUGAUGGUGAGGAAGAGGAGGAGGAAGAUGAAGAGGAGGAGGAAGAUGAAGAGGAUACUGGGAAAGGUGAAAAGAGAAAAAGAGAAGCAGAUGAUGAAGGGGAUGAAGAAGAUGACUAAGGCCUCCUGUGCCCCUAAAGGACUGUUCAGUAUUGCUCGGGCCACCCCUUGGAUGAUCUGUAACUUGAGAAGCACGUGAGGCACAUCUGUAGUCGUCUAACAACCCCCCUCCCCCCUCCAGGUGCAGCACUCAAAGAGCCAAAGAGUCGGCCAUUCCUGUGACAUUCCACACACCCUGCAACUGAUCUCUCCAGGUGGUUACAGAUCUAGCCCUCUUGGGGCUAGCACCUUCACUUAUCCUCUUGGGGUUCCCAGGCCUUCAUCUCCCACUGUUGCCAUAGCAAGAAGAACAAGUGUGAUGGCUCAGUCCUGGUUGUCAGGGGCUACACACUACCCACUGACUGUAGUCCCCUUUUUACUUUCUGUGCAACGAGGCUUUGUAAAUAGAGUCCUGAUGUUUUGGGGACUGUUCUUCAUGCUUUGCUUUUCCUGCCUUCUUUUCCUUUUCUAAGCCGUUGGAUAUUUUUUACAUUAGGAUGUUUUAUGCAACAACAGAAAAGUAUUUUUAAGAACUUGAAUGAAAUAAACGUUAUUUGGUAAAACUAA